AUGGAGCUCCUCCUCCUCCUCUUCGUCGUCUGCGGCCUCCUGAUAACAGCAGCUGAUGGAAACAGUAAGAUGUCCGAGUUUUAAGGGGGAAUAUUUUUGAAUGAAUGGAUGAAUGAGCUAAAAAUACAGCAGCAUGAAGGCAAAGUUUGAUAGUUUAAUAUGCUUGAUGUUCAUCUCAUCCUGCCGGUAAGAUGUGAUGAUUUUCCGGUUUUGAGCACAGAUCCAUUUGAAACCUGCAGCAUCAUCAUUACAAGCUGUCAGACUGCUGCAGGUGUGUGUGUGUGUGUGUGUGUGUGUGUGUGUGUGUGUGUGUGUGUGUGUGUGUGUGUGUGUGUGUGUGUGUGUGUGUGUGUAAUCUCUUUGUGUAACCUGAGGGCUGCUGCAUCAGUUUGAGGUUUUGAUAAAUGAAGGAUCUGGGUGUGUAUCUGCUGCCUGAUGAUGUGUUUCACAUUAGCUGAAGCUGAAUCCACAGUAUUUUUAAAAAGUCAUAUUUAUUGAUUGUUUCCUGUCAAAGUUUCUGUGAGGAGUGAUUAAACAGGCUGAUAUAAGGCUGAUGCUUCUUUAUGAUCUGAAACAGGACUAACUGUAGUAAGACUGACAUUUCCUGUUGUUGAAGCCUGUAACUGCUGAGAGGGAGGAGGUGUCAAACAAAGAGCAGCAGGCAGGAAAACUGUGUUUUUAUUUGCAUGAGGAGGUUUUUCAUCUACAAACACUUUUUCAACAUUUACAGGACAAGGCCAACAAAAAGUUUCGAGCAGGGGCAGACCUAGAAAAAUAUCCAGGGGGUGGCACAGAGAUUUUAAAGAGUGGCAGAAACAAGUAAAGUACAACUCCAGCUCCAACAAAGUCAGCAGACUGUGUGAAAUGUUAAUAAUAAGAUAAUUUGAUGGUUUGUGAUUCAUUUACACACAAUUAUUCAUAUAAAAUACUACAAAGACAAAAUAAUGUGAUUAAUGAAAGUCUUUUUCUGACCUUGAAGCCAUCAACAAGUGUCAUGUAGAGUUAGUGCAGAGACAUGUUUACUGUUGUGUGUCAUCAGCUCUUCUUUUACUAACCCUCUGUUUACCUUCGUGAACCCAGGAGACCAGUUUCUGGACUUUGGAAGAGAAAUCUUGUCCCAUUUUUGCUGAUACAUGAGCCAAUGACCCAUGCUGUUAUAAUCUCUGCAGAAUGUGGUUUGUCAUUGUCUUGCUGAAAUAUGAAGGUCUUCCCUGAAAAACUCUUUGUCUGGAUGGCAGCAGAUGUUGCUCCUAAACCUGUAGAUAUGAUUCAGCAUUAAAGGAGCCUUCACAGAAGUGUGAAGAACCCAUGUUCAUGAACUGUGCACCUAAAACGAGCCAGAGGGUCCCUCUGUGAUCCCUGACAGUGGUUUCUGUGGUUUCCACUACAGAGUCCUGUCUGUUUUUAACGCAGUGCUUUCAAAGAUCAUGGUCAUCCAUUAUUAGGACCAGAACCUUCAACCUGAUUUCAGUCUUUUUUUAAACACAAAUCAACCUUUUAAUCCCAGUUUGAGUUCACUGUAAAUUCAUCAAUAUUCAUUAUGUGCAGCAGAUUAAACUUUUGAAAACUUCCCUCAUGCAGGUAUUAGACCAAAAAGUGAUUGUGCAUUUGCAUGUAAUUUACUUUCUCUAAGUCCUGAUCAUUGGUAGAAAACGUACAUAUUUAUCACUCAGUGCGCUCUGGUUACAAACUCUGAGCUCUAUAAAUUUGUGCACCGUUGUUAAUUCUGUUAAUCAUUUAUCCUUACAAAGAAAAAAAGCUGUCCGGCCUGUUUGUGGUGUCAGUCUGUGUGAGGUUGUUUAAGGUGAGGAGGGUUGGGGGCGGGGCUUAGCAACUCCAUCAACACUAACAGACAGCUGAGAUUAAAUCUGGAUGAAACACCUGAAAGUUCAUGUUUCUCAUUUGAGUCAAGACGUGAAGUUCAGGUUUGUCCUCUCUCUACUGAAGUGUCAGCGUAUCAGAAAGUAACACAGCGUUAGUUAUCUCUGUCGGUGUGCCAGCUGGUUCUCAGGAAGGCUCAGGAAGGUUAAGGUGUGCUCAGUAAUUCAGCGUGAUAUAGCUGGAAGGGACAAAAACUGUAAGGAUUGACAGCAGACCAAUUUGUAAUUGAAUGUAGACAGGAGAAAGAUAUACUUAUAUACUACUACUACUACUACUACUACUACUACUUUAUCAUAGCCAUGCAGAGAUACCUGUUAGUGUGGUUUGACUCAUCAGGCUGCAGAGACAUUGUCUAAUAAAAGCUGUUGGACCAACAGGUGUGAUAAAAGUUUAAUCAUUAGUAAAAAUAUGAGCGCUGUUAUCUCUUCUUCAGUGCUACUCACUCGGCUGAAUGAAUAGUUUAUUCUGAUCAGUCAGUUUAGCACACUCAUAAAGUUUAUGAUCUCAGCUCUCCCUGUUGACAAUGUGGUAAAAAUCUGUGAAACAUCUGUGAUCAACAUGGAGGAACUUUUGAAAAAGGAGGAAAAGGCUAAACUCAUAUCUUCCUAUAAUGUGUUAUUAAGUUAGUUCAUUAAAGAAAAUGUCAGUAAAGGCUGUUUCUUCAUCCUGCUGUGGGUCAUCUCCUCUACAACAGCAAUGAAAGGCAAUAAAAAUAACAAUAUAAAACAGUCGGUCUGCUGUAUUUGGUCUUGUUUGCUUUUGAAGGUCAUAAAGAACCAUCAAGCAUCAGUUUCAGUCUGUUUCACACCCAGUGAAAAACCCUCACAGCAGCUGCUGGAGACAAAAUGUGUUUCUUUUGACAACAAAACAUACACAUUUAUUCACUUAUUGUACUUAAUUUUCAUGUCAUCACAAUUAAAUCAACUGUUCUCAGAUAGUUAUUAAGUCUUCUAAUAGACUUCAGCAUUCUCUGUAGGAGUCAGACUGCUGUGAAUAUUUAGACUGUAGUUCUGACACUGAACACCAGGUGGAGCCUUGGCUUGUGGUGUGCAUUAAGCUUCAAGUAACUGAAUUCAGAAUUUGUUUAAUUCAAGAAAGUCUGCUCUUUUUUCUGUUUCAUGCUGAUUGUAUUGACUCAAUACAUGGUUGAAGAAAUAAUGAAAGAAAAGAAAUGACAAAUCAAAGCUCAGGUGAUGUACUGGACAUCGGUUUAGCUGCAAGAUUAGCAGCUUGUGAGUCACAUCAGGUCUUCAGUGAUUUCUCUGAAACUCAGAGACAGUCAGUCUGGAACAAAAGAUGAAAAUCCAGGAAAUAAAAAGUGUUAAUCUGCUGACAGGAUGGUGUUUGGAAGAAUCUGCUGAGGUCAUGUACACAAAACAGUCCAAUAAUGAAAUAAAAAAAUUAAACAUAAUUUCACGUGACAUUUUCAUUUAUUUCAUUUGUUUGGAAACAUACAGAUGAAUUUUUGUUAUUUUUCAGGUCCAGUGGUGGUGAAAGAAGACAGUGAUGUGGUUUUACCCUGUUCCCUCAGCUCUAAGGAGAACAUCGAGUCAAAGCUUUUUGACUGGAAGAAAGACGGUCACAUGGAGGUGUUCAUGUAUAAUGGUGGCCAAAUUUAUAGCAAAGACAGUGCAACUCAAGAUAAACAGUUUAAAGGUCGAGUCUCACAUUUUGGAGAUGAACUGAAGAACGGCAACGCCUCCAUAAAGAUCACAAAGGCCACGGUGUCUGACAGUGGAAUCUACAGCUGUGAUUUUCCACAUCUUCAGCCCAGUCAGACGUUCAACAUCCAGCUGGUUGUCAGUAAGUUCUUUCAUGAAACACUUGAAGAUGUGUCUGACACACUUUCACUAUCAGGACUGGUUUGAGAGUCACAGAAAGACUUUUUAACUCGUCAGAAAAUGUUGGGUUGACAUUUUUGACACAUUACAGAUUUUAUUAAACUGCACAUCCAAAUUUCAGGAGACAGUCUAGAUAAAACUUGAACAACGUGUAACUAAGUUGAUAAUAUUCCUCCUUGACAGAUGUUUGUUUGGUGUUUCAGAUAGUAUCAUAAACUUGAGAUUCAUUUUAGUCUAUGUACAUUUGUCCUCUUGAAAUCUCUGUAUUUAAAACUGUUUGAUACAAACACUUAGAAUCAUCAGUUGUGUUGUUUAUCAUAAAGGAUAUAAAAGUUAAAUUGGAAAAGUAUCACACAGGAAAAGAACAACAACAUUGUAUUUAUGUUUUUUCAGCUUAUUAAUAAAUGAUUAAGCAGCCAUUUAUUUUACAUGACAGAUUAAUGACAGUGAAGUUGUUCUGAGAUAUUUUACAAAGUGCAGUACAGAAAAUAUCCAGCAGGUGUCCACAGAGCUCUCUCUGACUUUUCCAAAGUAAAUACAAGUUAAAAUUUCAUUAUGAUACUAAUCAAAAUAUCCUUUUGUGGUAAAUUUGACCAUUCACGUACAUUCUUGACAUUUAAAUAAAGAUUCACAUAUUUUUUUAACAGUUAUCUAUGAUCUACUCUACUAUAUAAAUAAAGCUGAUGAACAGAUGGACUGAAGAGCUUCAGAUAAGAUGAAGUCAUGUUCAUGGAUGAAAGUCUGUCUAAUGGAGAAGUUUUCUGUAAUUAAAUCAUGUUAAUUAAUAUAUGUGCAGCUCUGGAUCAAUCUAUUGUUUAGUCAAAAUUAAUAACACACAACUUUAAGAUGACCAUUCAAAUCUUUACAGUAACAGAUGACACAAAUUUGUAUUUUCUUUCUUAUUUUUAUGAACAGAUUUAAUAAAUAAGAUGUAACAUGUUAUAGAAAGAAGUCUAAAGUGUCAGGUAGCUGAAUAUGUUUCACUGUUUGCUCUUUGUCCUGUAUACGAUGCUUAGAUACUGUGAAUGUGUAGUGAUUUCUUAUUUUACUCUGCACUGUAAAGUAAAUAGGACAGCCUCACUUUCAAACAUGUCUGAGGACAACAGAAGAAGAUGAGGAUCAGGUUUUUAAGAUAAACUGUGCAGAGCUGACAGUGAAGUUAAAACUCAGAGACAUCCUGAUAACUGGAUUAGAGGAGACUCCUGCUCUCAGAGUUAAAUCUUUCAAGAUCAGACGGUUUAUUAAAUCAGAGACUUUGUAUUCAGUUUUAGAUGUUUCUCAUAUCAUGUAUUGAAAUUCUCAUUUUUAUUGCAGUGAUAUCUGUGUACAUGCUAACCUUUGUUAUAUUUUGUUUUUCCUUUCAGAGUGCAUCUUAAAGGACAGAACAGCUGAAAACUGCUCAGGUGAGUCAUGAUGUCAUCAUCUACCUGAACAGGUGUGUGCGGAGUGUGACCUCACAGGUAUAAGAUCAUUUAUAAGACUUUACAUUUUUAAGGACCCGCUGUUUAGGGCACCACCCCUUAAUACACAGAAUUAUUUAUAUGCUACUCAUCACACAUCAUCCCAAACCAAAGAAACGAAUAGUUUUCUGUUUAAUUUGAGAAACUGAACGAUUUGGUGAUAGGAAGGUUCCCUGAGGGAAAAAAUUCCAGUAGCAUUAGUAUAUACUACAGAAAAAAGAAGAAGAAAAAAAGACACAGUAUGGUCAAAUAAGAAAGGAAUAAAAAUUGCAAUAUAAUGUAAAUGAAGAAUAAAGAUCUAAGUUUUUAAAUUAUUUACAUAUAAAAAGUUAGAUAUAAAGGUAUGGACAUUUGCACAUAAGGACAGUGACCAAAUUCACCAGCACUGGCGGCACCUGUGUCAAGUUUUAAUGGUGCAUUGUUAAGUGUAUAUCUAUGAUAAAGAAGUAAAUAAAUGCCUGGGUGGUAAAUUCAUUAGGGAAAUAAAAAGAGAAACUGUAUCAGUUCAGAUGCUGAAGAAAUGGGGUCAUCUAUUUUCUUUUAGGAAAAAAAAAACCUUUCACCAGGUCAGAGUCAUCAGUUUUUAACUUGAAAAAACAAUUCUCAAACUGGGAUAUAGCCGAGUGCAAACGCUCCAAACUAAGAGGUAAUUUUAAAAGCCUACCUUUUUUGUACAUUAUUUAUUUGUUAUUAUAAAUACAUUUGAGUGCAGAACAACAGUUGAUGGAGGGGGCUCCAUCCAUACUGACUGGCCUUUGACAAUGACCUCUUAAAAUGUCACCUCAUCUUGAAAAAUGCUGUGAUCUUCCUUUGAAUUUAAUUUUGGUAUCAUAAUACACAUGUAUGAGCAGAGAUAUAUGUUUUUUGAGGGGGUGGGGUGUUAGUCAUGUAAUGCUUUAUACAAUCUUAAUGAUCUGUUAUUUAUACUUCAUACAAAGGUGCAUGUCGGACACCAUCAGCCAAGACAAUUGAGGCAUCAGAUGAUCGGUCUGUGCUGCAGUGUGUUGUCGGGGGAGCUUCUCCUAGGCCUAAAGUCGAGUGGAGGGACAGUUCUGGACAGAUCCUUCCUGCUGAAGAGACAGGGGUCACAGGAAAAGAAAACAGUGUCAACAUCAUCCUCCGAACGACUGUGACCAAGACCGGCAUUUACAGCUGUGUGGUUACACAAGAGGGAAUUUGUCAUGAGGCCAUUGAUGAGGUGGCUGUGCUCAUACCUGGUGAGUUUUUUUUUCCCUGUAACAACAUGUCAAUACACUUUUGAAUAUUUUCAUGUAUUGAGACAAAACACUACAAGCUGCUUGAGUUCAGUUGCCAGUUAUAUGGAGACAACUUUUAUCUUCCAAAAUUAUUGUACCCUUUCUUUAAGGUUACAAUGUUUGUAGGUUAUUCCAAUUUCUGGUUUAUUAUUUAAGAAGGAUCAACUCAAUUUAAAAGGUGUUUCAAGAGAUGAAGUUAAUCUGGCCAACCACAAAAAUGUUUGAAACCAUUAAACAAAAAAAAAAAAAAAUGUCUUUACAGUAUAUGACCCCAGGGAAAUAGAGCAUAAUAGAGAUUUUAUUAAAAAUGAAAAUGCUUAGAAAUUGGAUUUAUCAGAUGAUUUAAAUGUGAAUGACGGAAAUGUAUAAAUGACUAUUGCAGAGCAGUAUUGAUAAAUGAUCAGUAUAAAAAUAAUGUUAAAGACAGAGUGUUGCACAGCUGUAUAAUUGCAGUUUAACUUCAGUGCUACUCUGAUGACAAUACGUUCAUGAUUAAAAAUAUUCAACUUCUCAGAAUCCAAUACAGACAUAGAUUAGUUCUCAUUCAGCUGGAAGUCCCCAUUAAAGAGUAAUGAGCAUCAUUAAUGUCUGUUUGGAUGAACCUCAGUGAUUUUACACUCACACUAAAUGAGCUGUUAAUGACCUGCAGUGACAUUUCCAGAAUAAGGUUUGUUUUUUACAAUUCUCUCAAAAGUAUGAAGACAGAAAUGAUGAACAGAGAAGUGUUGAUCAGUAUUAAAUAACAUCUCAACACCUUAUUUAAUCAUUUAUAUUAAACCAUAAAAAGCACAUGUAACCUCAGGUGACUCCACAGUUUCUUCACUGCCUUGUCCUCUGGAUGUGAUUCCUGAUACAAGUCUCCUCUAUUUUUCUAUACCAGGUUUACGUGAUAAUGAGUUACAAUUUCUGCACUAAUGUGAGCUACACCAAACAUCUUUUUGCUGGUAGAAGAUCUUAACGAAAAGUUACCUCACACCAAGUACCAAAAACACAAAAUAUGACCUGGUUACAUUAAAAUAAAGAUAGAGGAUUGUUAACAUAAUGACUAAAGUAUAAUUGAAUCCUUUUUGUUGAGGAAUGUGUCACUAAUGCAUUAAUGCUGUUACUCAGAAUUGUUCGGUCCUGUCUUCAGUUGUCCUCUCAGUGUAGACAGCAUGAAUACAUAUAAUGGUCAAAUUUACUCAUUCUUGCAGACAUUAAUCUGAAAAGAAAAACACCUGCUGCUCCAUGACUCAGUGUCAGAACUGUUAAUGGUAUUUUACUUGUCAACUUAUUUCUGUAGUUUUAUUCAAACUGGGUACAAGAGAAAAAUAUAACAACAGUGUAUUCUUAAAUUAAAUUGAAUAAAGGUAAGUUACCACAAAAUAUGUUCACAAAGUAGAAAGAUUACAUUAUAUUUUUAAAGUUUAUUAAGCUUUUUUGUGUAAGAUGAAUUUAUUAAUUCACUUGAUGUAUCUAUUAACUGUAGAGGAGAGAAAGUGUAGUUUCUAUCUGAGAUGAUGUAAAGAAAAUGCAGCAGCAGAAAAACCUGAAACCAAAAAGAAACAACCAUGAACUGAAUAAAUCGAUUGAACACAAAGUGGAAGUUUUCCACUCAAUAAAUCAAAUUAAACUUGAGGAGACCUGAGUAUUAUGACUGUGUUUAUAACAACAUUUUGAUGAAGUCAGCUGGAGCUUUAAUUAGCUGUCAAAUAAUCUCACAUUAAUCGAUGAUCUUGAAGUGAUGAGUGAAUCAGUAAGUUUGAUCUGAUUUAAUGUAAAUAUGAUAUUUUCUGACAUUGAAAGUGUAAAGAUUCAGGUGUUGUCCAAACUUCAUCAUGGUUCCUGGUUCUUAAUUAUACGAGUCAGAAAAGUCUUUACAGUCGUAAAUCUUUAUGAACUGUAAGUUAGAUGUGACGUAAACUCAAAUAUAGUUCCAAUAUGUAAUUGAUGUUUACAUGAUACUUAAUCUUGAUAAUGUUAAACUGAAUUUUAAACACACAUAUUUACAGGUGUAUUGUUGUUUUUGUUCUUUCUUUGUGUUUACAGAGCCACCUAGUUAAAGUGAUUCAUGUUCUGUGUGUUUUUGUUUAUUUAACAUUUAAAUUGUGUUCAGACUGAAGCAAAGCAAAGUGUGAUGAAGACACUGUUCAGUAUUUUUCAGUCUCAGUAAAAGUUUAAUUUCAAAACUGACUGAACUUUGUGAAAUGACAGAGAAAAGAGGAAGAGUUUAAUAGACUAGAGGAAACUAACAGAGAGAUUUGUAGUUUAUGAUAAUUAAUCUGAUCAGACACACAAAACCAGGAUUAUUAUUUAAUCUGUAGAGAUUUUAUCAGAAGAGAACAAAAAGGAUUUCACAUUUUUAGAAAAGGAUCAAAAGUGUUGAAUGUGUUUGUGAUUUGACUCCAUCUUGAUGUGGUUGGAGAGACUGAGAGGCUGAAAGCUGAAAAUGAUCCACUGAUGGAGUCUGGACUCUGGUGGUGCUGAGGGGAGGAUGCAGGAUGAGCUGAGGAGCUGGACUGAAACUGAGGAGGAGGAGGAAUCGAUUUGAGGAGUACCUCAGGGAUCAAACUGAAACAAUGACAGAGAAAGAGAGAGAGAGAGAAGCAGGAUGAUUGGUUGAUGAAGGUCGCUCUGAUUGGUUAAGUGCUUAUAGAGGAAACACCCAUGAUCAGCUGAUCACUGCAGCAGGAAGAGAAAAAGAAAGAGAGAGAGAGAGAUGACUUAUUGAAGACUCAGUGAAUGAAUGAAUGAAUAAAUAUAACCCAGUCUGCUUCUUGAACUUCUGCUGAGCUUCAUUCAUAAUCAGCUGUUGUGAUCCUGAUCCUGAAGACCCACAUGUGAAAACCUUUGAGGUGAAUUUAGAGACUGAAGACGUCAGAGCAGCGACUUCUGGAGUCUUAGAGAGAAAAACAGGAUGAAGUUAGAAACAUGAUCCAAUAUUUGUCUCUAAAACACACUGAGGUUCUCUGAGAGUUCAGUAGAUAUGUUCAUAUGGACCUGAAUAUAAGAAGACCCCCUUCUCAAGACUAACUUUUAGACUCCAUCAGGACCAAGUCUUGUUUUUGUGGAGAAACUCGAAAUCGAACUGAUAAUUAUAAUAAAACAAACUCAAUAAAUAAAACGAGAGGCUGAUCAGGGUUCAGACCCUUAAAAAUCAUUAAAAAGUAGAUUUUAUGAAUUUAAAGCUGUAAAAUGUCUGAAAAAGUCUUUUUUUUUUGAUGAGUCUUAAAUUUUAGAUGACACUUUGAAACAUGCCUGAAAACCUCAUGAAAUCCUUUAAUCAGUGUUUUAUUAUUUUAUAUAUUAAUCUUUCCUUAUUAAUAUUCACAUGACAGUUCACAGCACAUCCAGCAGUGUUUAAUGUUCACAUUCAUGAAUCAAAGAAAAAGAGGAAGAGAGAGGAAGAAGAGAAAAUAUAAGUUCAAGGAAAUUUGUCUGAAGGAUGAAAAACAUAAAGAAUAAAAGUCAGGAGGAAACAACGAUGAAGAGACAACAUGUGAGAAAAGAUCUUAAAAACUUUGAUUCAGAGUUUAGUUUGAACACAAAGUUUGUUCUGCUCUGUAAACUGGUCUCCUUUUCUCUGUGAGGGUCUUAAAAAGUCCUAAAUCUGAUUUUAAAAAGUGCACAUCAACCCUGGUUGUUUUAAACACCUUUUACAUAAAAUCAUGUUUUCAGUUUCUUUUGAAAUGAAAUCGUCACAUUUGAAUAAAUUCAUAAAGUCCACAUGUGUAAAUGGAGCAGCUGUGGUCAUAAUAUUUAGAGACUCUCAAAGUUGAAAUAAUAACCCACAGUCUGUUGGAUGGUGGACAGUUUGGUCAAAGUGUGUCUUUGCUCAGUUUUUCAGCUCACAGGUCUUUGAAGAUGAUCUCUUUGUGCUCAUUACAUUUGAUUACUCCACAUCUUGUUACUGUCGGACAGUUGUUUAGUGUCUCUGCUGCGUUCAUAACCGUUUUCUGCACUAAUGCAUCAUAACUCCACCUCAGCUGUUGAAGAAGUCUUCCUACUUUGGGACGUCUUUGCUCUGAUCUCUGUGUCUCUCCAUCUUUCAUCCCCCUGGUGUUGUAGCUGUGAUGGUUGGUUUGAGUCAUGAGGGGUAAACUUGCUCUGCAGAUGAGUGUCUCCAUCCUCUGCUGUGAUGAUUAUCAGUGUUUCAUUAAAGGAGACCUAUGACGCUCAUUUUCACCUUUGAUUCUGUCAGUCUGGGACACCUGUAGAGCAGCGCUGCUCGAUAAGCAGAUCAUGAAAAGUCUUUAUUUAUCUUUGCUGCUUUUCCACUGAUAUAAAGUUAGACACAGCAUGUGGGUGUUACUUUUUACACAGCUUUGUAGUCAUUAAACAACCUGAAAGUUAUGUCUUUAUAUUGUUGAAGCUCACACUAGCUCCCCAUUAUAGGUUAGCUGUUCUUCCAUUAUCUGCUGUUGUAAAUGUUUGUGUUUAGUCUCUUCAUGAAGGUCUUUAUAGAUGAACAGCUCCAGCAGGUUUCAGGAACAGCUGAACCUCAAAUCCAACUCGUACUGGUCUUUGUUUACUAAGGAGUCAUCAGUGAAGUGGUGAGCACAAACAGCUUCAUUGUUGUCCUGAAAACAUCGAAUCUUUUGGCUGUUUUCUGGAGUUUUUAUCUUUGGGAAGAGAAAACAGCUCAGACUUUCCUUCACAACCACAAAAACACUUUGGAUCAACGUUCAGAGACAUACUGAGUCAGCAAAGAGCAGAGAGGAGCUUUGACAUGGACUUUCUAUGUGAGGGAAGAUUUAAAGGAGCUGCUGGGUGGACAUGUCCUCCAACAUUGUCCUGAUAGGACCACAGAUCCUGAAGUCAUGUUUCAGGACCGGUUUGGCAGAGUUUCUGAAACAGCUGAUCAGAGAAGACGAGACACACGUCUGUAAAUCACACCAACGUCUGUGUGUUUUCAAACUUUAUAGAGGUUUAGUGAAGACUUCCAACAUCGUAACAUCAUAUUUAUAUAUUUAAAUACGUGAAUAGAAACUGUCUCAUAUUGAGGUCACUUCAGUAAUAACUCAGAUUAUAUAUAAAGAGAGUGUUUUGGUUGUUGCCGGAAUUUACAGCAGCUAAUAUAAAAACCAAACCUCAAAGUCAGCAAAAUCUGUCUAAAGUAGUUCACCAUCCUUUAAAAGUUUGUUUUUUUAAAUGUUUAUUAAAUCUUUACAUUCUAAGAUCAGAGCAGGUUAUAUGUAGUGAUUGUAAAGUUUUAUAAAGUCAAAGUAUUUCCUCCUCCAGUUCAGUAAAGUUCAGAUAAAAUGAGCACAUAGAUCCAGAUCUUCUGCUGCAGUUGUCUCAAAUUCAGACUUUGUUCAUGAAGAGCAGCUGGUCUCAGAAACAGGAUGAAGGUCCAACAUCCUCCUCCUCACUACUGAGAGCAAAACCCAAACCAAGCUGUGAGCUGAGCAGCCGAGCAAACUGAGAAACUGAGCAUCACUGUUGCUGAUCACAGUCGUCCCAGAGCUACACACACACACACACACACACACACACACACACACACACACACACACACACACACACACACACACACACACACACACACACACACACACACUCCUCUUCUCUGUGUGUCACCUCCUACCUGCUGUCUGACAUUUCAACACUCUGACUGAUUCACUAACUCUCUGUUUUCAGUUUCAGAGUUCCCCACUGGAUUGACUGUUACUGCUGCUGUUUUCUGCCUCCUGUUCCUUGUUGUAAGUGUUCUCCUUGUGCUGUCGACCACUGGUCGCAUCAACUGUAAAAAGGGUGAGUAAAAUAUUUUAUCAACAUAUUCAAGAUAAACACAACAAAGUCUUGCAAUUUUAUCUUUGGUUUAAAGUCUUUUCAGUUGUUUUAUUUCGUCAGACAUUCAGUGUUAAGCUUGAUUUUACACACUUUCUGAUAUCAUGAUCUUUUUCUUCUUGCAGAUGAGGAGAAGAGAGAGACCAUCAAAGAAACUGAAUCAGGACUUCUACCUGCAUGA